UCGACGAAGGGAGAUCAGAUAGCAGCGAGGAAAAUUAAUAGGGAAGACUGUGGUGAUAGUCGCUAUAUCUUAGGAGUCAAAGAAGAAGAAGAAGAAGAACCGAGGAGGAGAAGCCAUGAGGAGCGGCGGACGAGACGAGCCUACGGGGAAGGAGAUGAGCGGCGGCGGCGGUGGCAGCGGCGGCCACGGUGGUAGCCCCAGUCCCAACCUCGAAUGGGGAUUUAACCAAACCCUUCGAAAUGUUCAAGGGUUACUAAAAGGCCGCAGCUUUCCUGGCAAAGUUCUGCUGACUCGCAAAUCUGAGCCUCUAAAUGCUCAUGCUUCACCUGAACACUCUCAAGAAUUUGCAAGAAGGUACUCCGAAAAUGAUCAUGAAGAUGAAUAUGCUAGCAGUUCCUUUGAGGCAGAAGUUCAAGGUUCUGGAAGAACAACAAGCAAUACAAACCUUCAGACAAACAUAUUGGCGCCCAACAAUGCUAAUGCAGCACCAGAUGCUCAAGGUUCUGUUUCUGGAGCUAGAGCCACAGAUUCUGCAAGAGUUGCAAAAUUUACAAAGGAGCUUUCUAGACCAGCUGUUAUAUUAGAGAAAUUGCGUGAACUUUCUUGGAGUGGUGUACCCCCAUAUAUGCGACCUGAUAUAUGGAGGCUUCUUUUGGGAUAUGCACCUCCUAAUUCAGAUAGACGUGAUGGAGUUUUGGCUAGAAAAAGACUCGAGUAUGUUGAUUGUGUCUCUCAGUAUUAUGACAUUCCCGACUCUGAACGUUCAGAUGAUGAGAUUAACAUGCUUCGCCAGAUAGCUGUUGACUGCCCAAGAACAGUACCUGAUGUCACUUUCUUCCAGCAUUCUCAGAUUCAGAAAUCCUUGGAACGCAUUCUUUAUACAUGGGCUAUUCGUCAUCCAGCAAGUGGAUAUGUUCAAGGAAUCAAUGAUCUUGUCACGCCGUUUCUGAUUGUAUCCUUAUCUGAACAUCUAAAUGGCAGCAUGGAGAAUUGGUCUAUUUCAGAUCUUUCUCCACAGAAAAUUUCUAAUAUAGAAGCUGAUUGCUAUUGGUGUCUCUCAAAACUGCUCGAUGGCAUGCAAGAUCAUUACACAUUUGCACAACCAGGAAUUCAGCGCCUUGUUUUCAGACUGCGAGAGCUGGUUCGGCGAAUAGACGAACCUGUGUCCAAACACAUGGAGGAGCAAGGGCUUGAGUUUCUGCAAUUUGCUUUUCGGUGGUUCAAUUGUCUCCUAAUACGUGAGAUCCCUUUCCAUUUGGUCACUCGUCUGUGGGAUACCUAUCUUGCUGAAGGAGAUUCAUUGCCAGAAUUCCUUGUAUACAUAUCUGCAAGUUUGCUAUUGACGUGGUCAGAUCAGCUCCAAAAGCUUGAUUUCCAAGAGAUGGUAAUGUUCCUCCAACACCUUCCCACGGAGGACUGGACUCACCAUGAGCUCGAGAUGGUCCUCUCCAGAGCUUUCAUGUGGCACACCAUGUUCAGCAGCUCUCCAAGUCAUCUAGCUAGCUAGAAUAUCUCUUUUUUUCUUUGGAUCCAACAUAUAACGUUCCUCGACUGCCAAUCUCGCAUUCCUAUCGGAGUAGGUUAUUUUUCUCUUUUUUUCUUUUUCUUUGGGUCUUUCCAUCUGUUUUAUUGUAACGAGUGAUUGUUGAAGGCCAGAAAUUGAAUGUUCAUUGUUGCUUGUAACUUCUAUGUUCCAAAGUUGUAUAUCUUCCACCAUCUGUAUGAAAAAUUGAGAGAGACUCACACUUAAAAUGACUAACCGAGCAGUAUGGUUAUCUAACUUUUGUAAUCUGUACUCCAAGCUUUUUAUCCAUGACAAUUGUUUCA